AUGCGUUAUUCUGCCAUGGUCAAGAUCGCGCGUAUCGCCGUCGUAGCCCAAUCGAUGGCGAGUCUCGAAAAAGAAGUUUCCAAGCGGGUUACGGGCGGGCAGGAUGUGGACGAGGCCCGAGAGUUUACCGAGAGCUUGUUCGUCAACGUGCGCAGAAAGGUGGAUCGGUUUAUGACCAGGGCCACGGCUAAGUCGCAGCCAGGGGUAAUGGACUGGAUCUUGACGACGAGGACAUAUGGUCUCAAGAUUGUAUAUACUACGCUAGCAGAAGGGCAUAUACAAUGGGAUGGCGACCGUAUUACGUUCCACCGCAUCCAGUUUACCAUGAAUGAGCUAAGGGCCAUGGUAUACCAGAUGGUGCGAGAUACACGGAAGAUGCUGGGCGAUGCGUUGCUGCUUGCGUCGGGCCCGGACCAGGAAGAGCCCGUUGGAUUUCCAGAAAUCCCGUGGGACUUGCUACAAGAUGACCAUGGCGACAGCCGUAUCGGGUACUCGUUCUUACAAGACGAUAGGAAUCCAUGGCCGGUGGAGGGCACGCGUUGGCUGGCAGAAAGGAUUAGCAGCCAUCUAGAGCUAAAACACCGGUGGUUCCGUGGUGAAUAA